UUUGAAUUCAGGAUAAAUAAAGAACAGUCCUCGUUCCACAGUAGACUUCUGCAGCAUGAUCUGGAAAAAAACUAUGCAGGAAGACAAGGAGACCAAAGAGUAUUAAGUCCUUUGGUGCGUAAUAAGCAGCUGUACCUUCCAGUACCAUCCAGUCUGACAGAGCUGUCUGGGUUGGAGUUGAAGCAGAGCACAGGUUCUUUAUCAGGAUUUGGUGACACUGCUCUUCACACACCUACAAAAUCCAGAUCCCGACAGAGCAGCCACAGUGUUAGUUCACAUGCCUCAGAUAACAACACAAAUUUUGGGAGCAGCUCAUCGAUAACGUUUCCUGUAUUGCAACGUACUGCUGAAGAGAAAGUACUGAACUCUGACAGACUUACCCUGGAAAGGCAAAAACUGACAGUGUGCCCAGUUAUUGAUGGGGAAGAUCAUCUUCGGCUUUUGAGUUUCCAACAUAACUUUAUAACUCGGAUCCAAAAUAUCUCUAAUCUGCAGCAUCUUGUUUUCUUAGAUUUGUAUGAUAAUCAGAUUGAGGAAAUAAGUGGGAUUUCAACUUUGAGAUCCCUCAGAGUCCUUUUGUUGGGAAAGAACAGAAUAAAGAAGAUCUCAAAUCUGGAGAACCUAAUAAAUCUUGAUGUUUUAGAUCUUCAUGGAAAUCAGAUUACUAAAAUAGAAAACAUUGGUCAUUUAAGUGAACUGAGAGUGUUAAACCUUGCAAGAAACCUACUGACUGUUGUAGAAAACCUUAAUGGACUGGAUUCACUCACAGAGCUCAACCUUCGUCAUAAUCAAGUCUCUGCUAUAAAAGAUGUGGAUACUUUGCCCUGUCUCCAGCGUCUCUUCCUCAGCUUCAACAAUAUAUCUAGUUUUGAGGAUAUUCUGUGCCUUGCUGAUUCCUCAUCUUUGUCAGAUAUCACCCUUGAUGGCAAUCCAAUAGCUCAGGAGACAUGGUACAAACACACUGUUCUCCAUCAUAUGAUGCAGCUCCGACAGCUAGAUAUGAAGAGAAUCACA